AAAAUGAAGUAAAAUCUUACCUUUGUGUAGGAAAAAGAACAGCCCUGAGAAUCGAAAACCUCUCACAAUGCCUUGCUUCUUCCCGACUGUGUGCACUUUGGAUGUUGGAAAAGGUUGUAGUGAAUUAGGGUUUGAACUGUGGUCUGUGCUAAAGAGAAAGGAUAAAGAUUUUGAUCUGAUAUCUCAGAAUGGCGCUGAUGUUGUUUAUGUAGCAUUUGUGUGUAGAGAAGAAGAAUCAGUAGUCAUCAGGGCCUUCCCUUCUCUCUCCUCUGUGAGGAAGAGAGAUGAGCAGAUGGGGGCAUGGUAUUUCGAUGAGUCCCAAUGACAGCGAAUAUUGGGAAAAUUUGUCUCUCUUACUUUCUCAUCUCAUCCCAUUUUCUUGAGUUUUUAGAAUUCUUUUCCUGAUUCAUCCGCAGAGAGGGGGAAAAGAUGAAGAGUGCUUUAUAAAUUUCUGACACCUCUUGUAUGAGAAAAGCUUCAAGCUUUUCUUUGAGCACACAUAGCAACUCUCUGAGACUCCUGAUUCAUCCUUUUCUUUUUUUCUAUUCUCUUUCAUGUUAUUUUGGUGGUUUUAUCAUUUUGAUCAUUUCGCUCCAAAAUAUAUUUUUUUUUUUUUU